ACUGUCUAACUGUCUGAUGAAAACCAAACAGCUAAAAAACUUUCUCAGGACUUACUGAGUGGAAAGAUUUUGACGAACGUGUGGGGGGAGAAAAAAAUGGGUGAACAAGGAGAAGCUUCGGCCAAAUUUAAUUCACAUAGAAGUGAAUUGGAGAAAAGGACGCAUGAAAUGGCAUCUUCAGUCUUAAGUGAUCUCCGCCUGGAGGGAAAACUGUGUGACGUGGUGAUCAAGGCGGGCGACGUUGAGUUCAACGCCCACAAGAUCAUCCUCUGUAGCUGCAGCUCGUACUUUCGCACUCUCUUCACCGGUGCCUGGGCCACUUUAAAGAAGCAGAGGUACACCAUCCCUGGGGUGACGCCUGAGAUGAUGCACAUCAUCAUCAACUAUGCCUACACCCACGUUGUUGCCCUGACGGAGGAUAAUGUGGUGGAGGUUUUGGCAGCUGCAGACCAGUUCUUGCUCUCGGGGAUUGUUCAGACGUGCUGCUUCUUCCUGGAGGACCAUCUUUGCCUGAGGAACUGCAUCGGCGUCUGGAGGCUGGUGAGCUUCUACCACUUCCCAGAGCUGAGCCACAAGGUCUUUCGGUUCAUCCUACACCGCUUUGAGGAGAUAGCUAGUGUCUCCCAGGAGCUGCUGGAGCUCUCCGUGCCGCAGCUGGCUGCUAUCAUUGAGAGCGAUCACCUCAACGUGAAACGAGAAAACACAGUGUUCGAGGCCGUCCUCCGCUGGAUCAACCACCUGCCAGACCAAAGACGAGGUCACAUCUCCGAGCUGCUGCCCAAGGUGCGGCUGGGCUUGAUGACCAUUGAUUACCUCCAAAACAACGUGAUGGACAACACUGUGGUAAAGGAAAGCAUCGAAUGUAUACCCAUCGUCAACGAUGCAGUGACGGAAGCUAUAGAUUUUAGGAAUGGAUCCCCAAAAUCUGUUUACAGUAACCAGCUGAGCCGCCCACGCCUGCCCUCCACCAUCGUAUUGGUCACCGGAGGUACAAACCAAGGUCGUACUGCGACCAGCCUCCAGGCGUACGAUGUCCGAGCCGACUGCUGGGUCACUGUGAGCGCUGGGGAGAUUCAUCGCACUCACCACGGUGCUGCUUCCCUCAACAGCUUUGUGUACUUAAUCGGUGGCUGCAGCAUCGAUGACACUUACUUGAACACAGUGCAAAAGUUUGACCUCGUCACCAGCACGUGGCACCAGGUGGCCCCCAUGAACUUCUGCCGAUGCUAUGUCAGCGUCGUUGUGCAGAACGGGUGCAUUUAUGCCUUUGGAGGCUUUGAUGGAGUAGCUCACUAUAACUCUGUUGAGUGCUACAUGCCUGAGACUGACCGGUGGACCAUGGUGGCUCCUAUGCGUGCAAAGAGGUGUGGGGCCAGUGCCACAACUCUAAAUGGCAAGAUCUACAUUUGCGGGGGUUAUAAUGGGCAUCGCAGCCUCUCCUCAGCUGAAUGCUACGACCCAGACCUCAACCAGUGGACCACGAUCGCCCCCAUGAGGAGCAGCCGAAGUGGCCUGGGGGUCGCUGCCUACAAAGGCUGGAUCUAUGUAUUCGGUGGCACCUUCAGUGGGAACUCCCACCUGCGUAGUGCUGAGGCCUACAACCCUCUGACCAACAGGUGGACCCCCGUGCCAUCCAUGAACCAACCCCGCAGCUACUUCGGCAGCGUGGUGGUGGACGACCGGCUCUUUGUGGUCGGAGGAUGCAACGGAUCCACCACUUUGUCAGAUGCGGAGUACUAUGACGAGGAGGUGGGCUUGUGGCUCGGUGCCUCUGACAUCGAGAUGCCCCUCAGCGGCCUGAGCUGCUGCGUGCUGCAUGGACUCCCCGACGUGGUGGAGAACCUGUUCCCUCGUGGUUUCCCUGGCGCUCCCCAACAGGGUCGAAGCUGCUGAAGGAGCCACUGACUCCCAGCUCAGUCCGGACACGUCAUCUAUCGUGGCAUUUUAGAUUAAAUAAAAUG